AUGAUUGAGGAGCAACUUCACCCCUCCCCGGCCGAGGAAGGGGGAGGAGGGGGAGAAGAGGGGGGGAACCCCAAAGACCCCUCGAGCGCCGACCCAGGGGAGAAGAAAGUGAAGAAGUUCACCCCGUCCGAUGGGCGCCCGCUGCCCCCGCUCACGAUCAACGGCAAUCGGCGCUGGAAGAAGCCGACAAAGGCCCAACAGCGCCGGGAGCAGGCCCAGAAGAACGCCUUUGAGGCCUUCGCCGGCGCCCUGUUACACAGCGUCUCGCCCUUUAUGGCCCCGUUACGCGAGCGCUGUCGCACCUCCCUUCCCCACAUCAAAGUGGACCAGCGCUUUGGCAAGGUGGGGCAACCGCACACGGCGAUCGCGCAGUUUACCGUGGCGCCGCUCGUCACGAACUACCGCCCACGACACCUGCACGAUGUCACCCCGGGGGAUUUGAUGGAAUUCCAUUACGACCUCGCCCUCGUUCUUCGCGAGCUGAGCUCGGCCUAUGCCCUCAUCAUUGGCUACGGCCCUGUGUGGAAGCGAUUUGCGGUCCCUUACGCCCACAUCGCGUGUAAGGAUUACCAGGGUGAGGUGCGGAAGUUAUGCCCAGAGGAGACUCCUAACUCCCGGGCGGAGGCGAUCUACGAGGACGACGUCGUGAAGAACAUCACGGAGGUGGUGCUCGCUGUGGAGGAGCUGGAGCCGCUCCAGAAGAUGCCGAUCCUGACGGCCAUGAGCAAGCGGCUGAACCUCGCUCCCAUGUACGACGCCUUCGAGGCCAUCUUCGAGCCGCUGGAGAAUUACCAGAUCGAGAUCACGGACUUACACAAAACCCCGUCGACCUUUUUAAUUAAAACCUCUGCGUUAGAGCUGGGGCAGAAACCCCAUCCCAUCAUCCUCUACGGUGAUCCGAAGUUGUGGUAUGAACUUCCAGUAGUUUCUAGGGUAGUCAUCAGGGAGGUUCGGAGCGAAGACGACGACGGAGAGGCGGAGAGGAAUGAGGGGAGUGAUAGCGGGGGAGGGAGCAGAAGCCACGCUGCCGCAAAGACUUCUAACGUUGUCUCCGCCACAACGGCCAUCGAGCACGCAGGGAGCUCAGGUAAAAACAAUCUUAGGAAGGGGAGUGAGAACACGGUUGGUGGCAAGAAAAUUACUGUGUCGUCGGGUGAUGCGAUAUCUAACACACCGCCCUUGUGGGUGAUCGUUAUGCUUAACAUAGUGUGCAUAGCGGCCACGGCAGGGGUAGUUUUGAGUCGAAAGACGCGAUAA